AUGAGUCCGCAAGAUGCCCAAGAGUCAUCCCUCAAGAAGCGUGGUCCCAAACCUCUCCAAUCCUCCAACCGCAAAACCCAAUACCUCAUCCUAUAUAAUUUUGUCUCCGCCAUUCUCUGGCUCGUCGUCCUCGGUCGAGUAACGCUCUUGGUGCCUCUUGUCGGCUUUGGACAAUUAUAUCCAAGUGUUGGGCAGUUUAUAAAAUGGACACAAACCAUGGCACUUUUGGAGGUGGUACAUGCGGCUACUGGUGUCGUCCGCGCCUCCAUUAGCACAACUGGAAUGCAAGUAGCCAGCCGUCUUCUCCUCGUCUGGUUAAUCGUCAAUCCGUUCCCAUUCGUUGCACAAAGCGCUGGAUACUCUAGUAUGCUGAUUGCAUGGAGCGUAACUGAAGUAAUUCGAUACUCCUACUUCGUCAUAACGCUCAGCGGCUACAAACCAGCAAUCGUUACUUGGUUCCGAUACAACACCUUUUUCGCUUUAUAUCCUCUGGGGAUCAGUAGCGAGUGUUGGUUGAUAUACAAAUCUAUUGAGCCUGCCAGAAAUGCGUAUGGACAGGUGUAUGCCUGGGCUCUGCAGUCGAUUCUUUUAAUUUAUGUUCCUGGCUCGUAUAUCUUGUUUACGCAUAUGGUUAAGCAAAGAAGUAAAGUUUUGCGAGCACAACGAGAGGCACCGAAAGAUGAAUAA